AUGGAGCUCUCAGGGCGCAAAAGAAAGGCCGUCUUUGACCCUGAACGAAGGGUCAAGGUACGGAGGCGCGAUGUUGAAAAAGCAGAUGCUUGGGAGCCCCCAUCAGAAGAUGAACACGAUUGUCGUUCCUCUUUGCCCGCAGACGAAUCUGAUCAGGGCCAGGAGGAGGACGAAGAUGACGAGGAGGAGGAGGAGGAAUCAGGCGCUUCAGAGGCUGAAGACGACCGCGAGGCUCAGCUAUCAUUUGGAGCUCGGCUGCGUCUAAGUCAAAAACGACAAAGACUCCAGUCCAAAGACUCGGCCGACAAAGACCCUUCUGAUAAUCAGGAGUCAUCAUGGAGAGGUCGGCAGGCUCGAGAUAGCAGCAACAGCAGCAGCGGCAAGCCGGGUUCCAAGUCAGCCGCCGCCGCCGCCUCCGCUUCUGCGCCGGGCCGCAAAACCAAGAGCGCACCCGAGGAAAUGUCGUCCAAGCGGCCCGUAUCUCGGUACCGCGAGGUGGUCAAGCCGCCGCCCAACGCGCGACCGAAGCCGCGGGACGUGCGGUUCGAGCAGGAGCUGACGGGCGAGGACUACCGGCGGUUCCGCCGCAACUACGCCUUUCUGGACGAGUACCGGGACGAUGAGAUGGCCAAGCUGCGUGAGAUCAUCACGCGGAAGAAGGGCGUUACGCCCGCGGACCGCGAGGACGCUAAGCUGAAGCUGCGCAAGAUGGAGGACGAGAAGCGGUCGCAGGAGCGCAAGGACCGCGAGGACGAGCUGAUGCGCGAGCACAAGAAGAAGGAGAAGGAGCUCGUCAAGCAGGGCAAGAAGCCCUUCUUCUUGAAGAAAUCGGAGCAGAAGAAGCUGUUGCUCAUGGACAAGUUUGCAGGAAUGAGCAAGAGCCAGGUGGACAAGGCCAUCGAGAAGAAGAGGAAAAAGGUUGCUGGCAAGGAGAAGAAGCAGCUACCGUUUGCGAGGAGGACAGUGGAAUAG